AUGAACACGGAGGACUCCUCCCUGUUUACCCUAAAAUUUCUUUCUGUUAGGGCGGUUAUUCAUAGUUUGAGGUAUCUUUGUUCGCGGGACGCUAGCGUGAGGUUUGUUGUGUCCGUCGCCGGAGGUUCGCCAGAGGUACGCUUGACAAGGGUGGGAGUUCCAGACUACAGUUACACCGAAGUUGUUCUGAGAGCUGGAGACGCAGGGAAGAAGUGGAAAGAGGUUCAGCUCCACGACUCUAAUGACGAAGAUGUAUUCUCAUUUGUGAUUCAUGGACCGCUGCUUCUUCGCACCCUCCAGAUGUUCGAACGGAGCAAACCCGUAAAGCUGGGGUUGUGCAGCGACUUGACAAGUAUCUUUUUGUACUCCGAUGGGUACGAACGCUGGGUGCGGCUUGGUGUUUUCCACGACCUUGGACCGAUGCUCAACGUCAGGCAGCCAAUAUCCGCUUUACAUCGCGUCGCCGACCUUCAAGCGUUCUGCCAUAUUGCGCGGUUUGUUAGGAAUUCUCAGGAUGGCACAUGCGUUGUGGUUCUGGGUUUCGAUAACAUGAACUCCUUUAUAGAGCUAAGGACAACAGAGGCUAUGGUGUCCGUCCUUCUUGAUGGUGAGACUCUUCGGCGCCGUUAUGAGGGCAGGGCGGGGAAAGAGGAAGUGACUGCGUUUGCUGAAUAUGCAUCCCGUGUGGCCGAUGAUGCCGUUCUUAGCGUUGGUUUUGGCACGGAUGGAUUGGCCGUGUUUCAGCUGAAAUGGGGCGGCCCUCCGGCGCAUUGUGAGGAAUCAUCUGCGUAUUUGUAUUUUUGUGCUAUCUGA